CUUGCGCUUCUUGCCGUCCUUCUUCUGCGCCUUGGUCACCGCCUUCUUGGAGCCCUUCUUCGGGGCCGGCGCGGACUUGGCGGGCUCGGGCAUCUCGAUGACGAAGAAAUCUAGCAACGGACAAGAAAAAGUCCUAAAAUGUCCGCCUACAAAGACAGUGUCUUCUUUUAUAGGCCAUCUAUGCAAAUAAGGUGCUAGAAGCUAUGUCGGGACGCGGGAAGCAGGGCGGCAAGGCUCGCGCCAAGGCCAAGACGCGCUCGUCGCGGGCCGGGCUCCAGUUCCCGGUGGGCCGCGUCCACCGCCUGCUCCGCAAGGGCAACUACGCGGAGCGGGUCGGGGCGGGCGCGCCGGUGUACCUGGCGGCCGUGCUGGAGUACCUGACGGCCGAGAUCCUGGAGCUGGCGGGCAACGCGGCCCGCGACAACAAGAAGACGCGCAUCAUCCCGCGCCACCUGCAGCUGGCCAUCCGCAACGACGAGGAGCUCAACAAGCUGCUGGGCCGCGUGACCAUCGCGCAGGGCGGCGUCCUGCCCAACAUCCAGGCCGUGCUGCUGCCCAAGAAGACCGAGAGCCCACAAGGCCAAGGGGAAGUGAAACUUUACUAACCCAGCAGCCCGUAUCCCGUAAAUGAAAGGCUCUUUUCAGAGCCACCCAUAUUUUGUGGAAAGCGCUGGGAUACUUUAAAAACCUUAGGUGAUGUGAUUUUUAAAAUUUCUCGGUUUAAGAAGUGCGUAACUCUUGAUUCAGUUCUUGUUACGUAGUGCUCAUUUCAAGUGUUGAAGGACCUAACGUAGUGGCGUAAGAUAGGUAAAUGACAAAGAUGGCAAUCGAAACCAUGUUGAACUUGUUUAGCUUACAUAUAAAAACGUACGUGAUUGUGUAUGUGGUAUAUUCAAGUUACGGUCCGAAAGUCUAAAACGUAACAACUGGGGAGGAAAAGAGCCAUUACCUUCCCAAUCACAUAUCAGGGCGGGCUUUUUGAGUUUUACGGCCGACUGUAUUCUUACUAGAUAUUUUGUGUUCGUUUCUGGCUUUUCACAAAAAGAGCAAUGAAGUACAUUCAAAUCAACUCUUAAGUGAAACCUCGCUUUUAUGACCUCAAUUUCAAGUAAACUAGGAAUAAAUGUAACGAAAUAAUGUU